UUAUGUGAUUAGAAAGUGCAUACUAUCUUAAGUAAAUAUGGAAUACUUAAUUUUAAGAAGAGAUUUUCUUUAUUUUUAUAAGGACAAAGCUGGAUGAAUGCUUAAUACUGUGAAUAACAAAAUGACAAAGAAAAUUGGCAGGAUUAAAGAAUCUUCAGAAACCUAGUACUUUAAAAAUGCUAUGAUUAACACUUUGUGGUUCUUGCUGCAUGUUUCUAAUAGAAACUUUAUAAUACAUUUAUGUUAGUUUAGCAUUUGUGUAUCUAGUUUUCAUGAGAUAGGUUCUUAGGAAAAAUUAGCCCAGUUCCCAUGGCAGGGAACUGUGUUGGAUAAUUAUUGCCCUUACUACUCAAACAAUAAAGGUUUAAGAGAGUUUUUUUUUGCCUUUCUCUUGGGGAACUAAUUGAGGAAGAGAAUCAAGCCCAUUAAAAAAUCUUAUCAAAACAGAUUGUUCUUAAAGUACUGUUACAUAAAAUAGAUAAGACUUUCAAAAUUGAUCAUUUUCCCAAUGUUGCUGUUAUAGUAUAAUUUGUUUUCCUUUUCUGCUCAUUUCAUUGCACAUAAUCAUAAGUGAAACUUUUUUUUUUCAUUCCACUUGUUUUUGAAACACUAUAUGCAUGUAAGCAUAUUAUAGAUUUUUCAGGGGGUCAUUAUGACACCACCAAUAUCUGCGAAGCAAGUUUAUUUGCUCCUUGUGAUGCUGUUUGUUGUAGCUUCCAGGUAAUAAUUACGAACAUCAAUGUGUGGAAAACAUAGAUUUACUUUAGUUUUAUUUUAACAGAUUCAAGAUGAUUUGGUUAUGGUACAACAGAGCACAGCAAGUCCAACAUAGCUUUGGAUUGAUGUUCAAAAAAAGUUGUGCCUCUAAGAAAACCCUUCCAGUUCUGACCCUGUUCACGAAGGAUCCGUGUCCUCUUUGUGAUGAAGCAAAAGAAGUCCUCAAGCCAUUAAAAAACAGGAACUGUGAUAAGGAUGCUGUUUCAUUGUGGCUACAAGCUCUGGUAGUGCUUCCCCUUGUCCUGGGAUUUCUAGGAAGGACUCCUACCCAGAUUCAAGUAUGGACAAAGCAACAGAAUCCUGUCUAAAAAAUUCUGUAUAUACAGCAUAAUCCUGUAUGCUUAGCACACAGUAAGAUCUUAAUAAAUGUUAAUUGACUAUUACAUGCAUUAUUUUAAUAAAGUAAAGUGGACUGUGAUACAAAAAAGAUUAAGAAUUAUU